CACGGAGGAGACACCAAACGACGACUUCUUUUGAAGCCAUUGACAAUUCCAGAACAUGAUGCUAUAAGAUGGCUACCUGUACGCAAGCCGACGAAGAAGAAGCAGAGCGGCAGACUCGUUACUCAGAAUGUGGAAUUCCCAUUGGGGCAGCGCCGGUGUAUGUUGAGGAACACCAAGGCGAGAAUGUCUUCUGUCUACCUCCUCUCCUUGGACCUCUACUCUUCGUGAACAAAGACAGUGAUGCUCGAGAUCAUUGUGCCAAUGAACGAACUUUCCUCUCGUAUCUCCGUCUUUCUCUCUACAUGGCAGUCGUAGCUAUUGCUAUUGUGAUAUCCUUCCAUCUCAAGACCACACCCUCCCAGCUCGAACUGCGAAUGGCACAACCGCUGGGGGCAAUCUUCUGGUUUCUAUCCUUUUGCUGCUUGGCGUUGGGGUUUGGCAAUUAUCUGAAGACAGUCAAUAAGUAUAGUAGGAGAGUUGCGAUUGUGCAGACGGGAUGGAAGACCCAGACGAUCUUCUCAAUAGUGGCUAUUUCCAUCGUGGGGGUAUGCGUGCUUUUCCUAGCCACAAAUUCAAAGCGCUCCUAAUCAUUUCUCAUGAUACCUGAUCACGACAUUUUGUGGCGUUUCUUAUCAUCCUCCACAUAACGAUUAAUAUUUCUCUCCACCCAACCAUUUACAUCUCAUCUCUCACAGCCUCCUCUUCGCUUUCGAUCAUCUUGCUCAAAGGUCCUUUCUUGACCAUCAAGCUCAUCACCUCGUAUAGAGCGUCUGCGGCGGCCAUGGUGGUGUGUUCGGCGUUGGUGUCGUAUGCUGGAGCGACUUCGACGAUGUCUGCUGCGAUGAGGUUGAUACCUUCGAGUCCGCGCAAGAUUGUGCGAAGCUCACGAGUGGACCAUCCACCUGU